GUCAACAGUGCAACGUGCAUUCAGCCAAUACAGCCAUUUCUUCUUUCACAGAACCCCAGUGGAGAUUAUUUCCUGAGUCCUAAAAGAAGCAUCCUUGUUAUCAAUGAAUCAGUCACGCAAGAGACUCCGUAGGGACCAAGUGGGAGAAGAGAAACUGUCAAAGAGCGACGUUAUAUGCCCUGUUUGCUUUGAUAUUUUCACGAGUGUGCAGGUAACCGUAUGUGGACACAGCUUCUGUCAUGAGUGUAUACACAAGUCAAUUGCUCAGACCCAACAGUGCCCAAUCUGUGGCACCAAACUAUCACGUGACAGUGGGUUCGCUCCUAAUUUCUCAUUGAAUGACAUUGUCGCUAAGAUAAGAUCUCAAGAGACUCACCACGAUGCUUCUCUAUCAUAUGAUGCUUAUUAUGGUAACGUGCUGCAGAUGGUAAAGAAUUUAAAACCUAAUCACCUCAUAGCUCUCAAUGAGCAAAUAUCGUCUCAAAUUGACUUGAAUAAGAAAUUAUAGGUUCCGGCCACCCGAGAGGACAGAGAUAUUAAAAGGGCUGCAUAAUGUAUAUAAGCCUAGUCCCUAGUUGAGUCAGACUAAUAGAUUAGUGAGAGAGAAAAUGAAGAAAUUAUAAUUUAUAUGUAUCUGACUGGGACACUAGGCACUAUGAUGGUUUAUAGCAUAUACACUGUAGUACGUGUAUCACUGCUGCUUUACGUGCGGCGGCCAUCUUUGCGUGAGUUCUAAUUAAAGCACAUUAACACUAAGCAGGAAGGCAGAACCUGUUAAUGUUAUAAGUAGUUUUUUUUAUUUAAUAAUAGCUAGGAAUAAGAGGUUUAGGUUUUUUUAGAUUUUUUUGUUAUAUUUUGGAAUGUGGACUACAUGUACAUUGUACAUUGU